AUGUAAGACUGGAAUGAUAAUGAACUAGUUGAUGAAGUUCAAAGUACAAAAUAGGGUAUUUAUAUAGAAUUGAUGCUAAUAAAUGUUUAAGAUUAGGAGAAAUCAAUUGAAGUAACCAGCUCGUCAUAACAAAAAGAUACAAACUCCUGUUAUAUUAAUCCUUUCAAAGGUAUUCAAUUGCUUUUAGUAAUAUUUAGUUUAGGCUCUAGUGAGGGAAGGAAGAUUAGACAAGGCUGAAUAAUGCUGGGGUGAAUGGUUAUAAAAUUGUAGGAAUAAAAAAGAUUAAACAAAUUUUUAUUACUCAAAACGUACCAAAUUAUGGAAAAUCUAUUAGGUUAAUUUUUACAGAUUGCAAGAUGGGAUUCGAAACUCAUGGAAAUUAUUGAAGAAGAAAUUAAAAAUUCAACAGACAAGAUAUUUUAUUUAGAAGAGAAGGGUAUUAAAAAUUGAAAUGAUUUAAAGGAAACUUAUUACAAAUAAAUAAAAAAUUUGAAGAAGCUGUUCAAUUUUGUAGAGAAUGUAUUAAGAUAUAUCCUAACAUAUUUUCAUUUUAUUAUUUAUUAGGUUUGAUUUUUAUUUACUAUUAAUAGCAAAGGUUUUAGAAUAAUUAGGAAGAAAAAAUGAAAUAAUUCAAUGUUGGAACGAAGGAAUUCUUAAUAGCUCGAAUAUUAAUUCCCAUAGCUGGAAUGUAAAUAUUUAUUACAAAGAGAAAGGUAAUAAAUUUGAGAUCUCAAUUAGCAAAUGCUUUAUGUUAACAGAAAAGAUAUCAAGAGGCUAUUGAAAGUUGGAAUGAAGGAAUUAAAAAAAAUAGAUACUCUUUCCAGUUUUAUUAUGAAAAAGGUAUAUAAUUUAGAGAGUUUAGCUAAACUAUUAAGCAAAUUGGAAAAAUUCGAUGAAUUAAUUGAAUGUUGGGAUAAUGGGAUAGAGUCUAACUGUUUUUAAAUUGAAUAUUAUAGAUAAAAAGGUAAUUGAAGUUUAAAAAAUUUAGUAAGAGCCUUAUCAAUCUUAAAGCGAUUUAAUGAAAUUAUUUAAUGCUGGGAAUUAGGAAUUUAAAAUAAUAAGAAAAUGAUUAUAUAUUAUGAAAAUAAAGGUUUAGAUAUUUGAUGAACAUUAGCAAAAGCACUAGCCAAGUAAGGCAAAAUUAAGGAAAUUAUUUAAUGUUGGAAUAAUGGAAUAAACAACAAUAAGGAUAAUAUCUUCUUUUACCAAGAGAAAAGUAUUUUAAAGUUAAAUUCUAUUAGUUAAAGCGUUAGAAAGAUAUGGCACAUUCUAAGAAAUUAUAAAUUGUUGGGAUUUAGGAAUUUCAUAUAAUGGUGGUGACAUAGCUUUCUAUGAAUAAAAAUGUAAAUAAUCAAAAUAUCAUCAUCAAUAUAGCCUAAGCUUUAAAAAGUAAAGGGAAAUGUUAUGAAGUGAUUUAGCUUUGGAAUUAAGGAGUUGAAAGGAAUAAAACUUCUGUUGAAUUUUAUGAAAAAAAAGGUCAAGUUUAAUUAAAAUUAUUUAGUUCGAGUCUUACAGUAAAAUGGUUAGAUUUCAGAAGUUAAUUAGUGCAUAGAAAAUGGGAUUUAAUUGAAUUAAACUAAAUACUAAUUUUAUUAUUUAAAGGGUAAAGGUUAACUUUAUUCGUUUAGCUUCAAAUUUAAUAAAAUAACAUAAAUGGGAAGAAGCAAUUUAAGUUUGGGAUCAAGGAAUAUAAAUAAAUGGAGAUUCCUAUGAAUAUUAUGAUGGGAAAAGUAUUUGUUAUUUAAAAAUAAGGUAAAUGUCUAGAAAAAUAAGGAAAAUAUUAAGAAGCAAUAUAAUGUUUAAAAGAUGCAACCACCCUUAAUAUUAACAAAAAUGCAUAUUAUACUUCACUAAGUAAUGAGAUAGAAUAUUGAUAGUAAAUGUUCUAACUAAAUAAAAAGAAUGGUUAUAAACUAUUAUGCAAUGUGAUCAAGCAAAUAAAGUACGUUAAGGCAAGACCCUAUUAUUUUAAGAUAAAAAACGUAUUUUAAAUGUUUAUUUUAGUUGCUUCUUUAGAGUCACUCAAUUUAAUAAAACAAGCAAUAUAAUGUUAUCGCCUAAAAGACGACAACAAAUUUUUAAGAUAGAUCCUUUAAAAUUAAUUAUGA